AUGGCGACUCACUCCCGACCGCCUCCACCGAGACCACUCGACCUCGAACUCACGAUCGUGUCAGCCAAGCAUCUGAAAAACGUCAACUGGCAAAACGGCGAUCUAAAGCCCUACGCAGUAUUCUGGCACGAUCCAGACCGACGUCUCUCGACCCGAUCAGACGAUUCUGGCUCAACCCGACCGGUUUGGAACGAGCGUUUCACCCUUCCCCUCGUUGUUCCUUUCCACGACGCCGUUUUGACCCUCGAGAUCUUCCACUCCAAACCCUCGGAAACCCCGAAGCCUUUGGUGGCCACCUUCCGGGUUGAACUCAAGGACUUACCGGACCCGGAUGACAGUUCCAAGAUCCGAACCUUUUCUCUCCGACCAUCGGGUCGUCUCCAAGGUAAGAUCCGAGUGAAACUCGGGAUCCGAGAACGUCCCCUUCCUCCACCUCAUGAUUACCAUUUUGCUCCCCCUCCUAGCUAUUAUUACACAAAUGCCCCUCCUCCACCUAGAUACUCUGCCCCACCCUACGUCUCUCUUCCCCCGCCGUCAACCUCUCCUCCUCCGCCAACAACGCCUUACUCGUCCGUCCCUGAGGGUUACCCUCCCUAUUACUCCAGCCAUUGCUACUCCUCCCCGCCCCCGCCCAUGCCUCCACGUCCCUUCUUUGAACGAGCUUCCAGAUAUGGCACUCCAUCAGCGCCGGUAGAUUACUCCCCGUACGAUCAAAAGCCUCGAGGAGGCUCCAAAGUUGGGCUGGGAACUGGAUUAGCUGUUGGAGCUGUGGCCGGGGCUUUAGGUGGAAUGGCGUUAGAAGAAGGAUUGAAAUACGAAGAAGAAAAGAUUGGUGAAAGGGUCGAGCAUGAAGUGACUUCAAAGGAAAGGGAUGAUUAUAGUGAUUAUCACCGCCCUGAUUAUUGA